AUGAUGUCUACCUCACAUCACCAUUCUGUCACAACACUGACGAUAUUACUCUUGACGUUCGUCAUCCUUCCAUUCGGCAAGGCCAACAAGCAAGUCGUUUUGUUUGCGGGACCUCAUCAGACGGGUGCUUCCUCCGUGGAACAAUUCUAUCACAAUUUUGCCUCUGGAUACAAUAAUGCCAAGACGUCCAAGGCACUGGCCGGUUGGGCAUGGCCGCGAGUGCAAGGAGACUUGGGAAUGAAGAAUGCCAAUUUCGAACGACCCAAGGUAUUCCAGUACCUAGUGACUCAUGCUGACAAUGAUAAGCAGCAAGAUCUCCUCAUGACGGCUAUUCGAGAAGCCUAUGGGAGGGCUGGGGAGGGUAUUAUUCUUGGUACAGAAGAGUUUGAUAGGAUUGGAGAGACUCCAUCUUCACGCAGAAACGGUUUGGAUGCCAUGGAACGAGUCGUCAAUUUCCUGCGAGCCGAGCAAGAGGACGUUUGGGUCAUUCUCAAUUAUAGGACUCCACGAGUCGAGCAAUGGAUUAGCUACUGGAAACAUAUGGACAAAGAGCCUGAUUACAAAGAAUUCCUAUGCGACGACUACGACCAGGUCUGGGAAAUGCUUGACACUGGUAUGAACCCGCUGGGAUUGGCCCAAACUAUUCGGCACGAAACUGGCUGGAACGUGGUGUUGAUUGACAUGGUUGGCGCGCAAGAUCUUGGGACUGACUCCUCUCACAUUAUUGCCUGUGAAAUUUUGGGAGGGACCGACUGCAACGGUGGAUUUGUCGCUGAUCGAUUCAACAAGACCUACCACAAUAACGCUGUUGACAAGGAAUUUGAUGGUCUUGAUGAAUCACAGUUGGACCAACUGGAGACUCUUCUUCGCAAACGUGACUGUGCCUAUGAAGAAAAGUUGCGCAACGAUCAUGGCUUUUACAUUCUUCACGAGAGUACUUUGUGGCAAGGCUGUAACAUGAAGGAUCCCAAUGGGAUUUAUUCAAAACUAAAGGAUACUGAUAUCCUAUUGGAUCUCUUCCAAACUCAGAAAGGAUGCGAAGAUCUGAAGGGAAACAAACUAGAAGACUUCCUUUUGCCAUCGGACAAUUAUGACGCACUGACGGCCAAAAAGACCUUGGGGCAGCUACAAAAAGAAAUGGCUGUCAAUCAAUUUGAGAACUUGGAAGCCUUUGAGCUUGACGAAGAUGCCAAGGCUAAACAGAACAAAGCCAGGACUCCCACUGCCGAGAAGAUCAAAGGAAAGGACGAAGACUUGAACGAUGGCCACUCUGUGCUGGGCUAUUUCUUUCUGGUUGUCAUGGUGGGAGGCGGUGCGGUGUACAAGCUGUACACUGCUCGGUCCAAAGCCAAUGACGGAUCGAAUCGUCUUUGGUACCGCGAGAACAAGCAGCAAAAUAGCUAUCUCGCCCGGGACUAUUUGGAUGCAGAAUAUGGUGAUGUAGAUGACGACAAAGGAAAGAAAGGACACCGUUCCGCCAAAUCUACUCGAAACCGAUACUACCAGGACAGCAGUGACGAGGAUUCCAACGUUUCAGGAGGCCUGGAAAUGGCUUCGACCUUCUCAGAUUGGGCCGACGAACGCGACGAAGAUUACUAUGACCCUACCACCGAGGUGGCUCAGGAUCGUCAGACUCGCAACCGCGUUUUGAUGCAAAUGCCCAAAACAGCACUCACUGCACCCCGUCAUCAUCGAACAGCAGCAACCACUUACAGUCGAAAAAGAAGCACAUCGCGAGAGCGUGACUUGGAUUGGGCAAUGGCUGACCAGGAGAUUGAAUCUUCAGAGGAAGAGAAUGAUUCUGAUUCUGAUUCGGAUAGUGGCCGAAAGGUUGACGAGAACAGAGGUUCGGACUCCGACUUUGAUGACGAAUACUAG